AUGGCUAAUAUGGAGAAAUUCGUGGAAGCGCAGAAGAAUUUAGCCGAAAGUAUGGUGAAAAUAAAAAAUAAGUUGAGUGAAGAACGGCUGACCAGAGCAGGGUUCGAUCAAUUGGAGAGAAAUUAUCAUGAUUCAGUCAAGAAAUUGAAGAGUAAUCAUGAAGUGAUGAUGACAAUAGAGCCCAAGAGCGAUGAUUACUUCGUAAAGGAUUUUUACGGAUUAAUGAUGAAUGGGCUGGUGAAGGAGGUUGAGGAGAUGAUAAGGAGUCGGGAGGUAACGGUUCAGGAGAAAAGCAACAAUGGCAGUGGCGCAGAAGGAAGUAAUCUGGGACUGCAGUUGGAGAGGAAAGAAGAGUUUGGGAGCAGGGAGGAAGCAGCAGUUGGAAAAGCGGCAAUGCUACAGGAGAAGCCGUCAAUAAGGAAAUAUUUUUUCCAAAAAAUCGAAAGAAUAGAGAAGAGAUUGGAAAGUGGUGAAGUCGAUGAGAGAGAUAUCGAAGAUAGUUUGCGGCAGUUGAAUGGAUUUUAUGACAAGUUGCUGGCAACGAAUGAAAUAGACGAGGAAGUCUUUGAACAAUACGAGGAGAUGACGGAAAGACUUAGUAUUCGACGGAAAGUCGUUGGAGAGCAAAAAAUGGAGAAAGCAGAGGGAAAAGAAAUCCGCAGCAACAUCAGGUUAAGCGAAGUGAGGAUACCCGAGUUCAGCGGCAAAAUUGAGGACUGGGAGUCAUUCCAUGACUUAUUUAAAAAUUUGGUGCAUAAUUCGCCUCAUUUUUCCGAAGUAGAGAAAUUAUACAGGCUGAAGGCAGCCAUUAAAGGAGACGCAGCUCAACUAAUUCAGCAUUUAAAAAUAACCGACUCCAAUUAUGAAGCUGCCUUUGAAUUAUUGAAGAAAAGGUACGAGAAUAGGAGAUUGAUGUUCACGAAUUUGUGUGAUAAGAUUCUGGACCAACCAGUAAUGAAUAGCGAUUCAGCGGCAAGUAUAAGACGCAUGCUUGACACUACCAAAAACUGUGUAAUGGCGUUGAGGGGCAUGAAUGUGUCUACAAAGGAUGCUGAACCAUUUAUUGCCAGAAUAAUUGUGAGAAAGUUUGAUAAGGAUGGGUUGCGGCUAUAUGAGCAACAAGUAAGGAAGCCGAGAGAAAUUCAAACUUUGGAUGAUGUCUUAGAAUUUUUGCAACAACAAUACCUUGCGUUGGAAGCGGCGGGAGAGCAGGAAGUGAACGUGAAGAGAAUUUAUGGAAACAAAAAUAAUAUAUCAACCAAAUUUUGCUACUUUUGUGAGAAAAGUGGGCACGGGGUGAUAGAAUGCAGGAAGAUGUUGGCAAUGACACCGGCAGAGAGAAAGCCUGCGGUAGCUGCGAAAAAAAUUUGUUUCGUUUGUCUUUUACACAGGACAGACAGAAAAUGCAAUAGUGUUGUGCGCUGCAACAAAUGUGGAGGUAAUCACCAUCAUUAUCUUCACAAUGGUGACCAAAGAAGCGUUAAUCAGCAAGUUAAUCCCACAUCAUCUAUGGUAAUUGAGAGAAAACAACAACAAGUUUUAUUGGCAACAGCAUUGGUAAAAGUACGGGCAGCGACGGGAGAAUUUGAGUUGCUACGGGCAAUGAUAGAUCAAGGGUCACAGAUAACAUCAAUUUCGGAAGAAGCUUCGCAGAUUUUGGGAUUGCCAAGGAUAAAAGAAAAAACGGAAAUACACGGCUUGGGUGGUACUUUGGUUGGUGUGUCGAAGUACAAAGUGGACUUAGUUAUAAAGCCAAGAUUUCUUAGCAAACAUGUAUUCAAUUCACAGGCGAUGGUACUACCUACGAUAAUGAGCCAGCAGCCAGGUAAAUCCUUCGACAUAGAUAUGAAGCAAUGGCGAAACUGUAUGUUGGCUGAUCCAUUCUUCAAUAAAUCCGAUCGCAUUGAUCUAAUAAUCGGUGGAGACAUUUACGCCGACAUAAUGGAAAAAGGGCAGAAGAGAGUAAGCGGUCCGUUCUCACAACAAACGAAACUUGGUUGGAUAGUAUCUGGAGCUCUAUCCAAUGGAAUAAGCAAAGUGGAAAAAGUGCAGGUGGCUGCGACGAACCUUGAACGUUUUUGGGAAGUAGAGGAAGUGGAAGCAGAAGAUCAGUGUACAAAUGAUGACCAGUGGUGCAUGCAGAAUUUUGAAAAAUCGACCGUUAUUCGAGAUGAUGGUCGAUUGAUGGUGUCAUUACCUUUUAAGGCUGAUAUGGAACUAGGCGAAUCCAAACCGCAAGCAAUGGCCAGGUUUUUGAAUGGUGAAAAGAAGUUGGAGAAAUAUCCAUCACUAAAAGCUGAAUAUAUAACCUUCAUGCGAGAGUAUCGGGAACUGGGUCAUAUGGUGCAAGUACCGAUGGAGAUGAAAGGAAAAUAUUACUUACCGCAUCAAGCAGUGAUCAGAGAAGAUAGCCGAACAACGAAAGUGCGAGUGGUGUUUGAUGCAUCAGCGAAAACAUCGAAUCAAAGAAGUUUGAAUGACAUAAUGCACACUGGACCUAAACUUCAACGCGAUAUAAUUGAUAUAAUGUUGAAAUGGCGUUUAUGGAAGUAUGUAUUGACAGGAGACGUGGAAAAGAUGUAUCGGCAGAUUGUAGUGAGGCCAGAAGAUCAAGAAUAUCAAUACAUACUUUGGAGAGAGAACAGAGCGGAACCAAUAAAGCAAUAUCGUUUAACAACAGUAACAUAUGGCACAUCAGCGGCGCCGUUUCUGGCAGUAAGGUCACUAUUCAUGAUAGGUGAUUACUGCAAAGAGGAGAUGGUGAAAAAUAUUAUAAAAGAAGAUUUUAUAUGGAUGACCUCAUGA